AUUAAACCCAACUAUACUAGUAAAUGAUAAUGAAGAUUCUAAUUGGAAGAUCAUAACAAAGCCUAAUUCUUAAUCAAUACUAUAAUCUUUUAUUUUUACUUUUUGGACAAAUAAAUACUAUUUUCAACAAUAUUAACAAAUUCUUCCCGGCAAAAAAUAUAUAUUAAGCAAAUUAUUCCAAAUACAUGGGGUUCAGUCUGCAAAUUUCCCAAUUCGUAUAUUCUUAAUCAGUACUUUUAUUAUCAAUAAUUACAAAAUUUUCAGAGCAAAAUGUAUUUUAAUUCCCCAUAUAUCUUUAUUUGGUCAAAACGAUGCCGUAUCAAGGUGGUAGGCAAACUUUGUUCGUCCGGAAAAUGUAAGCGGAGUUCACGUUCCAUUUUACACGUCCCCACGCCCGUAUAACAAACCUUGAGAUGCUUCCCCUGCUAUUUCGUUUCUGAAACUCAACGAAACCUCUCUUUCUUUCUGAAAUUCACACAUUCUAAAUCUUAUUUCGUUUGCGAUAUUUUCAAAAAGCAACGAACAAUCUUCUGCUUCUGCAAAUAAUGUCAUUUUCAGAUUCCGAAUCCUCUGCUCAUGGCGGAGCCACUGAUUACAAAUUUUUCAAACAAGUCAGCCGUGAACGUUUGUUGCACGAAAUGCUUGGAUCAACAAAAACAGGGGAUUCGAAAGCUUGGAAGGUACUCAUCAUGGAUAAAGUUACAGUGAAAGUCAUGUCGCAUAACUGUCAGAUGGCAGAUAUAACAGAUCAAGGGAUUUCAUUGGUGGAAGACCUUUUCCGGAGGAGGGAACCUUUGCCAUCCAUGGAUGUUAUUUAUUUCAUUCAGCCCUCGAAAGAAAAUGUUGUCAUGUUCUUGUCUGACAUGUCAGGAAGAGAACCUUUAUACAAGAAAGCAUUUGUAUUUUUUAGUUCGCCCAUUCCAAAGGAGCUUGUAAAUCAUAUCAAAUCUGAUACAAGUGUCCUACCCCGCAUAGGUGCACUGAGAGAGAUGAAUAUGGAGUACUUUCCUAUAGAUAACCAGGCUUUUAUCACUGAUCAUGAAAGAGCAUUAGAGGACCUAUUUGGUAAUAUUGGGAAUUCUCGGAAGUUUGAUGCCUGCUUGAACACAAUGGCAACUCGAAUUGCUACAGUUUUUGCGUCAUUGAAGGAGCUACCGUUUGUUAGGUAUCGUGCUGCCAAGGCACUUGAUGAUCCUUCAGAAGCAACUUCACGUGAUUUAGUAACCACUAAACUCGCUGCUGCUGUUUGGAACUGUGUUUCAAAAUAUAAAUCUACAAUUCCAAACUUCCCUCAGUCUGAGACAUGCGAGUUGCUCAUCUUGGAUAGAUCUGUUGAUCUGAUUUCUCCUAUCAUACAUGAAUGGACUUAUGAUGCUAUGUGUCAUGAUUUAUUGGACAUGGAUGGAAACAAAUAUAUCCUUGAGGUUCCCGGUAAAACAAGUGGUAGUGAUAAAAAGGAGAUCCUUCUAGAAGACCAUGAUCCAAUUUGGCUUGAGCUUCGUCAUGCACACAUAGCAGAUGCUAGUGAACGACUGUCCGACAAGAUGACCAAUCUAUCAAAGAACAAAGCUGCACAAAUGCAACGGAAAGCAAGAGAUGGUUCAGAAAUAUCUACGCGGGAAUUGCAAAAAGUGGUUCAAGCUUUGCCACAGUAUACUGAGCAGGUUGAAAAGAUUUCACUUCAUGUCGAGCUUGCUGGAAAAAUCAACAAACUUAUUAGGGAACUUGGGCUUAGAGAUCUUGGGCAGCUGGAACAAGAUCUUGUUUUUGGAGACACAGGAGCCAAGGAUGUGAUUAAUUUUCUGAGGACAAAGCAGGACACGUCUCCUGAAAAUAAGUUGCGUUUGUUGAUGAUUUAUGCAUCUGUGUACCCCGAGAAGUUUGAAGGUGAUAAAGCCACAAAGCUAAUGCAGCUGGCUAGAUUAUCACAAGAAGAUAUGAAGGUAAUAAAUAAUAUGCGAUUGCUUGCCGGAUCGGAAGUGAAAAAGACGUCAUCUAGUAGCUUCUCAUUGAAGUUUGAUGGGCAGAAGAAAAAGCAAGCAGCAAGAAAAGAUCGCACUGGUGAAGAAGAAACAUGGCAACUGUUUCGAUUUUAUCCCGUCAUAGAGGAGCUCAUUGAACAUAUUAGUAAAGGAGAUUUGCCAAAGCAUGAUUAUUCAUGUAUGAAUGAACCUAGCACGACUGUUCGGGAAGCCAGCAAAACAGAAAACAACCACAAAGUAGCAAGCCACAGAAGCUCUCAAAGUACACCAGCACAGCCAAAUCCAUCUACUGCUCCUCAUUCAAUGAGAUCACGGCGGACUGCCAAUUGGGCACGGGCUCGUCAUUCUGAUGAUGGAAGUUCAAGUGACUCUGUUUUGAAGUAUGAAUCUUUGGAUUUGAAGAAAAUGGGACAGCGUAUUUUCGUAUUUAUUAUUGGUGGUGCAACUCGAUCUGAGCUACGAGUAUGUCACAAGCUAACAACGAAAUUGAGAAGGGAAGUAGUCCUUGGUUCUUCUAGUAUUGAUGACCCUCCUCAGUUUAUUACUAAACUGAAGUUACUGUCGGAAACAGAUAUGUCAAUGGAUGGUUCAGAAUUUAAAAUGUUCCCACCACAUUGAUGGGGUCAUUCUCUGGUUACUGAUUUCUAUUCUACUACAUACUAGCGUGAACAUAUAAUGUUGGCUUGUCUUUGUGGGAUUUACUUGGUGCAAAAGAAAAUUAAAAGUGGGAUUAGCUACACAAAACAAUCAGUUUUGCAUGAUAUGUUUCUAUUAGGAGAGGAAUAAUAUAUUCAUACUAUAAAGGCAUUUGUAUACAUACCAUAUAAAGAACUAAAUCAGUCCAUUGUAUUGUAUACCAUAUUAUAUUUGUGAAUGAUUCAUUAUGUUCUCGUUUAGACACCUUCUAAUUGUCUUUUCUCACUAUGGCUAGCUGUAAGUCUUUUUUGUAAUACACAAUCAAAUAAA